UCUCCUGCAGUGCAAUGUGAAACUAACAGCUAGGCUAAUAGCGGGACAGGCAAAGCUUUUUUGUUUUUUUAUUGUGUCGCACCUGUUUUCAGCUGUCACACUAACAGGAGUGUGGGACAACCCCUAUGCCAUUGUUCCUGAAAUUAAAGUCCACGGCAAUCAGAUUUCAAGACUAAUUCAGGUAAGAACCACUGUCCCACGGUCCCUUGGUCAGUGGGAACUCUGUAUAUGUGAGAAUGGAUGAGAGUACAUUUGAGAUGUUUGAAGAGGAGCUCAGGUCACCAGCACAGCAGGAAUCUGCACAAAAACCCAUCCGACACGUUCGACGUGCAGACACCCAGAGCCUAAAGAGAACGAUGGAGAAUCUACCCAGUCCGCAGCCGACCCCCAAAGUGACCCAGCAGGGAAUGUCCCCUGGACUAUCGUUGCGUCGUGCACUGUCUCUCCCAAGCUUAAGCCAAAUUGAGAGCCCAUGGAAAAACGUCACCCUGAACCGCUGUCUGAUUCUGGCCAUCACCAUAGUGCUGAUCGGCUCCAGCUUCCAGAGGCUGUAUGAGGUUUUGCAGGAAUGGAGACAUAAGGAUGGCCCAGAGCUCUCAGAUCCACAUACUCUCCACUUGAGACAUGUCAGUCCGAAGCAGGAAGUCUCACUGCAGCAGGCUGAGAGCUCACUAUGGGACAACUGGUUCUGGGACUGGAUACUGGAUGAUGAAGAUGAGGAUGAUGAAGAGAACUUGAAAUUAAGGUCAAAGAUGAAGGGCGAUCAAAGAAGGGGUGGCCGUGGAAGUGUUGGACAGCUCAAACACAAGAAAGCCACAGACAGGAAGGUCGUCAGGGUACAAGAGGGGAAAGCGAGUGAUAAGAAAGAGAGGAGGAAGAAAGACAAGCAUGAGAAGGAGGAAUCAUUUAGAGAAGUGGCCAAGGGGCACAAGGACAGGGAGAAAGUGAGGGGGCGAGGGUUUGAGGAUAAAACAGAAGAGACAACCAAAGGAAAGAGGCGCAAGGCAGAAGGACACAAACAAGAAAGACGACAGCAGGAAACAGCUGAGCUAAAAAAGGCUGGAAUCAGAACCCACAGGCACAGUAUGUAAGGAGAAACCUUAGUGGGGUUUCUAUCCAGACGCUUAUACAAAACAGGUUUGUAUUCCAUCAGUAAUAUCAGAUAAAGUGACGUGUUAAACGUACUCGUAUCCUAAGUAUCAAGUCUUGCUAGCAGAUGCUAAGCUCAAAUUCUGUGACUAUUACUCCCUCUGUGACUUCUUAAGCACUUAAAAAAGCAACGUGUGAUUUCUGUAUUUUUAGAAACUGCCUGCGUGGUUUAAAGAACAAAACUGUGAAACAAGACAGUAGCAAAAUGAUUCCAUAAGUUACCUUAUGUCAGACCCACGUUGCAUGUGAUAUUAGUGACACUGUAAUCACUCACUUAUUGAAGCCGUAAAAUGGAGAGACGUCCGGAAUCCCGCUGAUUCAAACUGCAUGUUUUGUGUGCAAAAUAUAUCACAGGAGAAAUAAACCAGCAUGGUUCCAA